AUGAGUGCUUAUGACCCACUCAGACUUGUGAAUUUGGCAGCAAUGAGCCUAGUGAAAGAUGAGGCCUUGGCCAUCUGUUCUUUGGAGUAUCUGCCCAUGGAGCUCUACCCACCACUAUUCAUGGCCGCCUUUUCUGGAAGACACAGCGAGAUCCUGAAGGCCAUGGUGCAAGCCUGGCCCUUUGCCCGCCUGCCUCUAGGAGGCCUGAUGCAGAAGCCUCACCAAGGAACCAUACAGGCAGUGCUGGAUGGUCUUGAUGUCCUGUUGGCCCAGAAAGUUCACCCCAGGAGAUGCAAACUGCGGGUGCUGGACUUGAGAAAUACUGGCCAGGACUUCUGGAACAUGUGGUCUGGAGACAUGGACCAUGUGCCCUCAAGCUCACUGAUGGCACCAGUGGCUGAGGACAUGUCAAGGACAAAGCACCCAUUGACUCCCUUGGUGAUUCAUGGGUCUGUUACUGAGGAACAGGACCAUCAGGCUCUUCUGCAAUUUACCUCUCAGAUCCUCAGGCUGCAGUACCUCCGGGAUCUCCGUAUGGCAGGUCCAUCUUUCCUCGAAGGCCGCCUGAAUCAGAUGCUCAGAUGCCUGAAGACCUCCUUGUACAACAUCUCAAUAACCAACUGCCUGCUUACAGAAUCAGACUUGACUCAUCUGUCCCAGUGUUGGAACAUCUGUCAGCUAAAGGGCCUGAAUCUAAAUGGUGUUACCUUGACCAACUUUCGUGCCGAGCUCCUUCAAGUUCUGCUGGAGAAAGUUGCAGGCACUCUUGAAGAGCUGGACUUAAACCUGUGUGGGAUCAUGGACUUCCACCUCAUGGCCAUCCUUCCUGUCCUGAGCAGCUGCUCCCAGCUCAGGGUCCUCAGCUUGUGUGGAAACCUCAUCUCCAUGACUGUCCUGGAGAGUCUCCUGCGUCAUACUGAUGGGUUGUCUGCUCUAAGUCUAGAGCUUUAUCCUGCCCCUAGGGAGAGUUACAGCUCUCUGGGUAUUCUUCACCAGGAGAGACUUGCCCAGCUAAAAGCUGAGCUUUGGGAGAUCCUUACAGACUUGGGACGUCCCAGGAAGAUUUGGGUUAGCCCGAGCCCCUGUCCUCACUGUGGUGAGGACAUGUGUUAUCACCUGAGUCCCAAUGCAUAA